CGGAGGGCGGCAGGCAGUGCGCAGGCGCAGCGACGGCUCCUCCCUCCCCACCUUCCCAAGAUGGCGCAGGUGCAGGCACGCUUUUACACCGAGGACAGGAGGUAUGAAGUAGAUGAUACAUCAUUCUCUGUUCCUGCUGCAGCCGAAGUUAAUGACCUCAGUAAAGUCAUCAAUAAACUACUAGAAGCAAAACAUGCUAAUCACAAACAUGCAGACUUUGACUUCCUCAUUAAGGGCCAGUUUUUACGACUGGCACUGGGUAAACAUAUGGAACUGGAAAACAUUUCAACGGAAGAAGUGGUUGAGAUUGAAUAUAUAGAACGGUACAAUGCCCCUCAACCAGAAGAGUGCUUGUUUCAUGAUGAUUGGGUCAGUGCAGUAGAGGCACAGGGAGAAUGGAUUCUCACAGGAUCAUAUGAUAAAGUUGCUCACAUUUGGACCUUAGAUGGUCAACCACUCGUGGCCCUUCCUGGACACACAGAAGUAGUCAAAGAUGUAGCAUGGAUCAAGAAAGUUGGUCUGUGCAACUUGCUGCUUAGUGCCUCUCAAGACCAGACUAUUAUCUUGUGGGAAUGGAACUCAGAAAAGAAUAAAGUAAGAGCGUUACACUCCUGUCGAGGACAUGCUGCAAGUGUAGAGUCAAUUGCUGUGGACAAUACAAAAACUAAAUUUUGCAGUGGUUCAUGGGACAAGAUGAUAAAGAUAUGGUCAGCAGUUCCCAAUGAGGAUGAAGAAAUGAUGGACGAGUCUGAAUCCAGGCCAAGAAAGAAACAGAAGACUGAACAACUAGGAUUAACAAGAACCCCUAUAAUGACACUGUCUGGUCAUAAUGAAGCGGUUUCCUCAGUCUUGUGGUCUGAUACAGAGGAACUCUGUAGUGCAUCCUGGGAUCAUACCCUUAAGAUUUGGGAUGCUGAAACUGGAGCCCAGAAAUGUACCUUGAAUGGGAACAAGGUGUUUAAUUGCAUCUCUUAUUCCCCAUUGUGCAAAAGGCUCGCAUCAGGUAGCACUGACAGGCACAUCAGGCUGUGGGAUCCACGUUCAAAAGAUGGAUCUCUGGUGCUGCUCUCCCUAACUUCACACACAGGCUGGGUAACUGCAGUCAAAUGGUCGCCCACACAUGAGAAUCAGUUGAUUUCAGGCUCUUUCGACAAAUUGGUCAAACUCUGGGAUGUACGAAGUUGCAAGGCUCCACUAUAUGAUUUGAAUGCCCAUGAAGACAGAGUACUCUGUGUAGACUGGACAGAGAAUGGGCUGUUGUUAAGCGGUGGAGCAGACAACAAAUUAUUCUCGUUCAGAUAUUUGGCUCCUACAUCUGGGGAUGGUGCUUGAGUGACAAUACUGAAUGAUGAAGGACCCACACACCAUCAGAUUCAUUUAAAAAUUUCAUCUCACACUCUUGUCUUCCCUGUUGUUCUUAUAACACCUUGAAUAAGAUCUGUUUGCCUGCCCUGACUUAAGUUCUGAUCUCAUUCUGUCAACAUAAUAAUGCCUGAUGGUUCUUAUAUUAAGAUUAUUGACACUGGGAUUUAAACUUGGAAAGGUGGUGCACUGAUUACCUCAGUUAGGGUGACAAAGUUACUGCUGCUGUUACUAUUUUCAGGCAUUUGUAAUAAUAUUGCACCUAAUUUUUUUAAAAAUCCUGGAGUUUUGUACUUUAAAUGUCAGAAGUUCAACAUGUGUGUGUAUCUACAAUUGACAUCACAGUGCAGGCUGCUGUAAUGGGAUUGUCACCCUUAAGGUCCAACAACUCAGUAUAAUUUUCUAAACUCCUGUUAAAUCCUCCUGUUGUGAUUGGUGUAAGCCAGGAGCUGAGUGUUUGUAUAAUUUGGAUUAGUUUGUAUAAUUUACAGGAGAAAGUGAGGUCUGCAGAUGCUGGAGCUCAGAGCUGAAAAUGUGUUGCUG